AUGCAGGUGCGUGGAUUCAGGAACCUUCACUGCACGAUCAAAGCCCACGACAACAGCUUGCUUUCAAUUCGACUGCGACUUUACCAUCUGAUCGCGGUCUUGCUGAAAUGUCGGGAGUGUGAUGGCGCCACUAGCGACGAUACGAGUGUAGUUGCAGAGGAUCUUGACGCGACAAAUGGGUUGGCAGCCGACGUGGGCAGCGGGAAGAAGAAGAAGAAGAAGGUCAGGAGCGUCGAAGUGCGGCGGACUGUUUUCCGACCUGUGGUAUCAUCUGACCGGCUUCUGAAGACGACACAAACGCUAAAUAACACGCUCUAUCCGACGAUCGACAAGGUGGGAUCGAGAGAGACGCGUCGCUAG